AGCCAAUCCCCUGCCUGCUGUCGCCACUCGAUGACGCCAUUGGCCGGAGCCCGGUUACCAGGCAGCGGCAGCGGCGGUUCGGGGGAAGAUGGCGGCGGAGCAGCAACGGCUGGUGAUGAAGCUGCAGGCCUAUGUCAGGGGUUAUCUUGUGAGGAAGAGGUUCCAUAGCUUACAGGAGGACUAUGAGAACACGGUAAAGGAGAUUGAAGGGGAUUUGGGUCAGUUGCAGUGGAAAGGACGCUUCAUACCAACGCCUUUCUUUCCUCAAAAGAAGCAGAUGAAAGUAAAGCGAUUAAUUGAUCAGGAGUCUGGAUCCAAAGACCAGAACAACACUGAUAAAGGGCAGCAAAAGCUUUGUCCUCUUGAGACACUAGAACCAGAAAAGGACUGUGACUGUAGGAGUUACUUGAAACCUCCAGCCCAGCUUCAAGGUGAGGAGAUGGUUUCAAGAGGUGAAAGCAACAGAGUGAAGCAAAAUCCAGAGCGUGCUGCAGAUAAAUCCACUGGACAGGACAGCAGCUUGUCAGGGGAGAAUAUGGAAUGGAAGAACUAUAGCAAUGCAUCAUCUGUAUGGAGCAGCACUGUUCCGGAGACAGGGUCUACUGCAGUCAGCCAGGAGCUCCCAUCCAAGAGCAUAAAACAGGAGCUGCCUCAAACUCUUCCUGACCUCCAGUGCUAUCGAAAUCACUUGGCCAUGGAGCUGCUGUGGCUGCAACAAGCUAUCGUGAGCCGUAAGAAUUAUUUGAUCCUGAGGCAAAGGCUGGGGACUCCCGAGCGAUAGGAAACUGUUUCAGAGGGAUGCAGAGUAUGCUCACCUUGUAAUGGAGGAGCAGCGUUCUCUGGGACUAGCUGGACUGUGUCCCAUCCACUGCAGGAGGGGAAUCCUCGCGUGAGCAGCAUGAACUGCAGCUGCCUGGGAUAGCACUAGCUCCACUGUGGCAUAGAUGUUCUUCAUGGUUAACUUGUGACUUCCACUGGGACUUUGUCACAUUCAUCAGAAUAAGAAUUAGUUACGAUGAAGAUGUUUAUUUUUAAACUUGAAAACUCUUGGUGAAGACACGUGUUAAAUAUCUGCCCCACGCUAAGGAGGACAUUAUAUGUACUGAAGGGGUUAUUACUCAGCCCUCACCCGGAAGAACCCCAUUUCUGCUGACUGAGCCUGAGAGGGAAAUCUCAGCCAGACUGAUUUGUUUAUGUACUUUUCUUUAAAUGAUUAGCUGAUGAUUUGUGGUUGAACUGAUCUGCAGGGAAGCAGCCUGGUGCUUUGAACACGAGGAAUGGGCUCCCCUCCACAGAGUAGGAAUGGCUUUUUGUAGUCAGCUUGCUGAGCCAUGUAUUUGGAAAGAGUCUGCCUCCCAUAUACCAUGACUCUGUUCUCAAGACUUGGAGAUCCCAAAAUACUCCAUGCCAAACCCUGCAGACUUCACUCCAGCAGAAUGCUAACCACAAGAUUUGGCCCUGGGUGUACAGAAUGUAUUCUCUAACCAGAUGCUUUUCCCAGUGGGCUUUGUUGCCUGUUCUAAUGGUCAACCCAUGAACAACAGAAAGGGGAUUUUUCCGUAUGGCAUGGUUGAUCCCUAUCCCAGACCCUUAACACUUUGUGAGUGCAGAUGCUCUGGGUUCUAUCUCUUUCCACGUGCAAUCAUACACAUAUUUAAUGUAGAGUCUGGAACUAUUCCAAUGAAAACUGUGUCAGUUCCUGAACAUACUCAUUUGUUCUCCAUUUUUGUUUCUGAAUAAAAUAUGAUCUCUCCCCAGAUUUGUCUCUGCCAUUGGCUGGGCUAGAUGGUGUCUUGAUCCCUCCACCUAGCACGGACACUAUCCAGUGAAAAGCAAAGCAAGCCUAACCUCAGCUAUAAUGUCAAAUGCUAGGGAUGGGCAGAGGCUGUUGCUUCAGAUGACAGAGUAUAUGUUGAAGGAAAGCUCUCCAGGUUGUAACCUGUUCACGAUGUAAAUAAAGCUGUUGGAUGCAUCCUUUAA